AUGGACGCGCUUCCCCAAAGACACUUAGUACAGGCGGCUGGUACAUGGAAUAAUGGUCCAAAGCUAGAGGAAUUUCUCCGAGAGGACAACCUGCCGGACGAUGCUCGACUUUUACUAUCGGAGACAUUCAAGCAAACAGAACAUCGAGCUUCUGCAGUUCGGACUCAUAUAUCACAAAUCAAACAGAUCCUCCUUCUACCGGCGCUGCUCCCACAUAUAUCCAGCUUCCGGGCUUCCCCAAUAGUGUUCUGGGUCGACGGGCAAGACCAAAAGUCAUACUGGGAAACGGAAAAUGCCUUGAGCUAUAUCUAUAAAUGGAACAGGCAAAAUGAAUGGCACAAACUAAUUGAUUCAGACCCGAAAAAUGACGUGGUGCAUGCAAUGCGCAGGGCGUUUGGCAUGACGGCAAUCUACUUGCUUAUUCGAAGCAUAUGUUCUGCUUUCGGAGCCAAGAUAUUCUCUCAAGCUGCUUCGGAACAUUGUCUUACACUAAUUGCCACCCGGGACGCCGACCAGACAACAAGGGAAAACCUUGAGCAGGUUCUUCGAAAGGAUUACCAAGCCGGGAAGCGCUGGGACAAUUAUGCAACACGCUUAGGUGGUUCUGGUGUCUUUUUCCUGAUUGGAAUAGUUCCUCCGUCGGCGUACGAGGGUGUUCUGAACCAAGGUGAUGACUUGGACUUUGUUGCUUCGCAGUACCAAUCUUUGAAGGUCCCUGAAAUCGCCCAACGCCAUGACUUAUAUACGCUUGGUGACCUCAUUCUAUCAGAGAUUACCGAGAGGGCUUGGACUUGCAGCCCACCCAACCUGCCAGUAAAGAAAAGAAAAUACUCCAAGAAAAAGGCAGUCAUGUGCAGUGGUGGAGUUUCGCGACGAGCCGAACACGCUUCAGCACCCAGUAUUUCUGGAGCUAGGUCAAAGCGCGUGCGGUACAAACCGAAUUCGUUAUUGUUAAACCAAAGCGGCGAACGUCCCCAGGCGUCGUAUAAAGAGCCGAUUGGCCUAAUUCAGCAUCCCGAAGCCCCAGCCCAGCCUCUGCUGGCCCAUGUAUCUACUGGUGCUCCUACUUAUCCGAAGCCAGCGCGCUGUGGGCCGUACGACUCUAUUCUUCACGAGCUGAUAUCGUACACGAAAAAACCCUUCCCGCUCACAUGGGGACAACAGCAUCAUCUGUGCCCAUAG